UACAUAUGCACGCGAGUAGCCAGAUUCUUGAUUUUCUAGUUCUUCUAUUUUAUUUGACUUGACUUGACCCCCACCAACUGUGCCAUAUUUACACUACACAACCACCACCACCACCACCACACACACACACACAUACACAAUGACAGACAUCAUCCCGAAAUCCAUCCUCCUCCUCAACGGCCCCAACCUCAACCUCCUCGGUCUCCGCGAACCCCACAUCUACGGCAGCACGACCCUCCCCGACAUCGAAUCCUCAUGCCAAACCCUCGCCAGCACAUUGAACUGCACCUUGGAGGCUUACCAAUCCAACCACGAAGGCGCUCUGAUCGACCGCAUCCACGCCGCGCGGGGCAACGUCGACGCGAUCAUCAUUAACCCCGGGGCAUACACGCACACGAGCGUCGCGAUUCGGGAUGCGUUGUUGAGCGUCGCGAUUCCGUUUAUUGAGUUGCAUGUGAGUAAUGUGCAUGCAAGGGAGGAGUGGAGGCAUAAGAGUUAUUUUAGUGAUAAGGCGAGUGGGAUUAUUGUCGGACUGGGGGUGCAGGGGUAUCAGGUGGCGGUGGAGUAUGUGGCCAGACAUUGGGCCCCGUUGGAAAAGAAGGGGAGGUUGUGAUUCUAGGGGAGGGUAGGAUGGGUGGUUGUAUAUAAUUGUUGCUAUGCUAGAGAUCAAUCUCACUGGAUCGUCUCGCUGUAUAUGCACCAUAUGUACAGUCGUCAAUCAUGGUCGGCCUGCGGCCAAUGCGUCACGGCAUCCGUAUGAAUCGCACCACGUGAAGUAUCAUCUCUUUCCAUUCGAGCUCUCGGCCUGC